GAGAGGUGGGCGAUAAAAGAGGGAGAAAACCCGCGUGUGUCUGGAGAGGAUUGGCUGUGGCAACCAGUAAUCACUCAUUACCGCUUCCCAGGCCGCUCCCCGCGACUCCAAAUCCGCCGGAGUGGGGCCACCCCACCUGCGAUAUGUGAUCAGUGGGGCUCUGCGGAGGUUUAUGCAAUGUUCUAGCUCUCGGCGAGCAGGCGGAGGAGAAGCAGCCGGCGGAGCUGUCCAGAUGACUGUGACCACCAUGGAGGCACAGGUCAAGGCAGCACACCAUCACCAUCUACACCAUCCCACGGGCGGAGGGGCCCAGCACAAGGAGGAGGAGGAGGAGCCGGGUCCCGUCGAGGACGAGAUGACCGUCCUGCUGGCCAACAAGAACUUUCACUAUGACGUCGCCUCCGACCUGGACGACGAGGCCUUUGUGGAGCUCAAGGAGGACACCGCGGCCGCCCAGCCGGAACCGGCGGGGGCGGCAGGCUUCUACAACCCCGAUGAGCUGCUGCUCGAGGAGCAGCCACAUCCUCAGGUCACCUGGCUGGACGACGACGAGAUCGAGACGCUGGAUCGCGUCACCCUGGACAUGGGAAACAUGUUCUUCAAUCGCGUCGACAGCCAGGACAUCAUCUAUCAGCAGAAAAAGAAGAACAUAAAGAUGGUGGGCAAGUACAUCAUGGGCGAUGUGCUCGGCGAGGGCUCCUACGGCAAGGUGAAGGAGGCCAUGAACUCGGAGGACCUCUGCCGGCUGGCGGUCAAGAUCCUCACGAAGCGCAAGCUGCGCAGGAUCCCCAAUGGCGAGCAGAACGUCACGCGGGAGAUCGCCCUGCUGAAGCAGCUCAAGCACCCGAAUGUCGUGCAACUGGUGGACGUUCUGUACAACGACGAGAAGCAGAAGAUGUACCUGGUGAUGGAGUACUGCGUCGGCGGGCUGCAGGAGAUGGUGGACUACCAGCCGGACAAGCGGAUGCCGCUCUUCCAGGCGCACGGCUACUUUCGCCAGCUGGUCGACGGCCUGGAGUACCUGCACAGCUGCCGGGUGAUCCACAAGGACAUUAAGCCGGGCAACCUCCUGCUCUCCCUCGACCAGACGCUCAAAAUCUCCGACUUUGGCGUGGCCGAGCAACUGGACCUGUUCGCGCCCGACGACACAUGCACGACGGGCCAGGGAUCCCCGGCCUUCCAGCCGCCGGAGAUCGCCAACGGACACGAGACCUUCGCCGGCUUCAAGGUGGACAUCUGGAGCAGCGGAGUGACACUCUACAACUUGGCCACUGGACAGUAUCCCUUCGAGGGUGACAAUAUCUACCGACUGCUGGAGAACAUCGGGCGGGGUCAGUGGGAGGCGCCCGAGUGGCUCUACGAGAUGGACGCAGACUUCGCCAAGCUGAUCCUGGGCAUGCUGCAGGCUGAUCCCAGCAAGCGCCUCUCCCUGCAGGAAAUUCGCCACGACACUUGGUUCAGAUCCGCCCCGGUGAAGACCGGCCCACCGAUACCCAUUCCCCCGCUGAAGGGCGACAAGUACCGCAGCUCGACGGUGGUACCGUACCUGGAAGCCUACCACUACGGCGAUCAGGACCAGGAGGAUGUCUACUUCACCGAGCACGACGUCAAUCAGGAGCUCGCCCGCCAAGCAGCAGCGGCUGCCUCCGAGUAUCGAGCCAACAAGGCGGCCCAGGCCGCCUGCCACGCCUAUGAGCCGCCUUCCACGAGUGCUGCCGCCGCAGCCGCAUCCGCCUCCGGCAUCUCCCUGGGCAACGGAAGCAGGGAGGAGGCGCCGCCAGUCAAGAAGAAGGGAUCCGCCCUGAAGCGGCGCGCCAAGAAGCUGACGUCCUGCAUCUCCGUACGCAAACUGAGCCACUGCCGGACUUCGUAGGCGCGCACAUGGUUGCCGCCACCCAAACUUAGAUGCUAAGCGUAAUCGAAAGGAAUAACUUUGUUAACAAAUUGUGAGGAACUUUUUGGUUUUGUUUUCCCGUUUUUGUUGUCCUACAUUCGCCAAGUAUUUGUAAACAUAGAACCAUGUAGGAACCAUUGAGCCAGGAGCACCUGGACGCCCCAGCAGCAGCGGAAGCAUCUGCAUCAGCCGCGACUCUAAGUUAGCUGAUGCCCUGGAGGCUUUUGGGAAGGGGGAGCGAUUGGGGCUAUAUAUCCAUGUGACAAUACUGUGUAUUAUAUGAAACAAAUGAAAGCGUAAAUUAGUCGUUAAUAUAUGAUAUGAUGUACUGAAGGCAGCGGACGAUUGCCGGAGGAGACGGUGCCCGUUCGGUUCGCACACAUAAAGAGACAUGUUCAAGUGAAA